UUUCGAAGCCCUCUUUAAGACACGCCCCUUUCCCCCUGCUCCGCCGCCUCUCCACCCUCCCCGACCAGACCCGGGGGUUGCGAUGGCCGCUACGUGGGAAGAAAUCCUCAAGUUGUCUCAGCAGUUUCAAUCCGCUCAGUUCGCCCAGGCGACGCAGAGACUGUCGGAACGUAAUUGCAUAGAGAUUGUUUCUAAGUUAAUUGCUGAAAAACAGCUGGAUGUAGUACAUACUCUUGAUGGAAAAGAGUAUAUUACUCCUGCACAGAUUAGCAAAGAAAUACGUGAUGAACUUCAUAUUCGUGGUGGUCGGGUGAACAUUGUGGAUUUGCAACAGGUAAUAAAUGUUGAUCUGCUCCAUAUUGAGAACCGAGCUAACAACAUUGUCAAAUCAGAUCGAACACUUCGAUUGGUAUUGGGACAACUUAUAGAUGAAAAUUAUUUAGAUCACAUAGCAGAAGAAAUAAAUGACAAGUUGCAGGAAUGUGGCCAAGUGAAAAUAUCUGACUUGUGCAAGGCGUACGAUCUUCCAGGAGACUUCUUGAAGCAGGCAUUCUCUGUUCGCUUAGGAAAAAUUAUUCAUGGCCAAGUCGAUCAGGAUAACCGUGGGGUAAUUUUCACUAAUACAUUUGUCACAAGACAUCGGGCCCGUAUUCGUGGCCUCUUCCGGGCUAUUACCCGACCUACACCAAUAAUUAACCUAAUCACUCGACAUGGGUUUCAGGAACAUCUGCUUUACUCUUUGCUUGAAGAACUUAUUAAUUCUGGAUGUCUAAAAGGCACAGUGGUUGGUGGAAGGCAAGAUAAAGCUGUGUUUAUCCCUGAUAUUUACUCCAGAACUCAGAGUAAUUGGGUGGAUUCAUUUUUCAAACAAAAUGGUUAUUUAGAAUUUGAUGCAUUGUCAAGACUUGGCAUCCCUGAUCCUGUGAGCUAUGUAAAGAAAAGAUACAAGUCUUUGCCAAUUUUGUUUCUGAAAGCCUCUUGUGUUGGUCAUGAAAUUUUGGAUCAGGUGGAGGCAUCUGUGGAUGAAGCCAUCAGCUCUGGUCAGUGGGUGGAUAUUAUGCCUCUUCUUCCAAGUUCAUUAUCUGUAGAAGAUGCCGGCAUGUUGCUUCAGCAAGUAAUGAGAUCCUUCAAUAAGCAGCCUUCAGCCUUGGUCUUUGGUGACACUAAUGUAGUCAGUGAGAAAUUUAUCAGCAGCUGUGCUGAUUUGUUUACUGAUCUUAUGCAUCAGAAAGCUGAAAAGGAAAUGAAAAAUAACCCCGUUAAUUUAAUCACAGAAGAGGACUUGAAACACUCUGCUCUCAUGGAAAACACAUUGUUGAGCAAAAAAGACAAAAAGGAUGAAAGAAGGAAGAAAGCAAUAGAGGGCACUGGAAGGGUGAGAGAUAGUGGUGGUGGAAAUGCUAGAGAAAUCAAAACUAAAAAAAACAAAAAGAAGGCAAGAAAAGAUGCUGAUAGUGAUGACGAGUCACAAGCAAGUAGCACAAGUAGGAGCAAGCAGCUUGAGAUCCCUUUUAUGUCGCAAGAAGAAAUUGAGGAUGUUUUAAGAAAGCACAUAAGGGAUUGUCCUGAAGAGCUCAUCAUAGAACUUGCGGAUCAUCUAAUCAGGCCCUUAACAAAGAACUAUCAGGAAGUGUUGCGCACAAUAUUCUUGUCCUCAACUUCUUAUUCUGGAGCUAGCCGAAAAAGGACCAUUAAGGAUUUGCAGGAAGAAGUUUCCAAUUUGUAUAACAACAUCAGGUUAUUUGAAAAAGGAGCAAAACAUUUCACAGAUGAGACACAAAAUAACAUUGCCAAACACAUGCUGAAGACAGUUUGUACAGAUAUCACUAAUCUUAUUUUCAACUUCCUUGCUGCUGAUGUAAUGAUGGCUGCUGAUGACUACACCACCAUUACAACUGAGAUGAGGAAAAAAAUUUUAAGUACAUUAUCUGAAGAGAUGAGAGGUCCUUUAACAAAACUCCAUAUUUCUCUAAAUGGCAAGACUUUGGAAGAAUUUGUUUCUUGUCUUGAUGCUGCUGCAGAGGCUUGUGAUAUUAUGGUGAAAAGGGGAGAUAAGAAGAAAGAAAGACAAAUCCUGUUUCAGCAUAGACAAGCUCUGAUUGAACAUCUGAAAGUCACAGAAGAUCCAGCUCUUAUUCUCCAUCUGACAUCAGUCUUGCUGUUUCAAUUCUCAACCCAUUCCAUGCUUCAUGCACCAGGAAGAUGUGUGCCACAGAUAAUUACCUUCUUAAGUACAAAGAUCCCAGAGGAUCAGCAUUCUCUUCUUGUCAAAUACCAGGGAUUAGUAGUGAAGCAACUGAUCAGUCAAAACAAGAAGAUUGGACAAGGCGAUGAUGAUUCAGUCGAGAGAACCUUGAACACCGAAGAAAACACAGAAGCCAUCUGGAAAGAGCUUCAGGAGCUGUCUGGCUCUGUCAAAGAUCUUAUUCUCAGGUCCAGAAAAUCUUCUGUAACAGAGGAAUGUUAAACCUAAUAAACUUCCUUCAGGCUUCUCAAAGAGUCAAUAUUUCCUUAGAGAAAAAAAUCAUUGCUGAUAAUCUUAAAACAGCCCUGGCUUUUAGAAGCUUUGCUUGGAAAACUGCACUAUAUUAUAAAACCCAGAAUCUGAUAAUGUAGUAGCAGUGUGUGCAUCUACUCGAGAAAUAUUCGCUGAAUAUUAAUUAUGAAGAAAGGGAAAAUAGAAACAAGAGCUCCUCUAUAAGGGAGAUGGGCAGCUAAGAAGCUUGAUAUAUAAAUAAAUAAGAUUUUUUUUUGACAAACAUAAUUUACAUUUUGGUCACUGGGCAGCUGAUUUCCUUAGUUUUUGUACAGCUGAUAAUUCUUGAAUCAGGUGAUUAUUCUGUUUAUAAACAGAAUUAAUACUUGGUUUUUGAGUCUAUGGCUGCCUGCAGCAAUGAUCUCUAAAUAUAAAAUAUAUUAGUUAUAUCAGUAAUAGUAUUAUUGAAGCGCUUUAUAUAGAGUCAUGGCAACUUUCAGAUUUUAUACAACAUUGUCUAGGCAAUUCUUUGUAAUUUGCAAAUCUACAAUUUCAUACAUUCAGCUGAGUUGAUGCAAUACAAGAGAGAUUCCCCCCCCCCCAGGAAUUCUUAAUAUUUUUUGCAAAAUCAUGACUUGCCUUAACAUAGAAUCAUUUGGUAACAUACAAGACUGUGUUUCCAAUUUAGUAUGUUAUCCUCCAGAACUGUCUACUAGAGAAAGAGGGAAAUAGUAAAUUGCUAUUUCUCCCCCCCCCCCAAAAAAAAUUAAUUGAUUAUAUGUCAUCAAGUCAGUGUCAGCCCUUAUCAACCAAAUAGUUUUUCUCCAUGACAAUGUAUGGAGAACUUGAUCUUUCAACCACCGCCAUUGUAACCUUUUUUUUAACACACAUGAUUUUUGGGAAGAAUGCUUAGCACUAUGCAUAUGCUCUUACGGUGGCAAAGUCAAAACAUUAUUAUGAAGAAAAUGGAAAUGGUCAAGAGUGUCUGGUAUUCUUAAAGUUACUCAAAAAGAUUAAAUACUAUAAAUAUAAAUACAUAAUAUUUUGAUCUUUGGGGGGGGAGAAAAUUUGCCCACCCAAGAUUUUUAAUAUUCCCUGGAGGCCAAGUAUAUUCUAGCUUAUGUUUUUGCUAGCGUGCAGUAUUUUUAUAAUAAAUGAACUUAAAUAGGAUCUAUGGCUGCUUAUUGCAAGAUGCUUCUUCAAUAGUAUCCAUAAUAAUAGGAUUUUAUUUUCUUUCAGAAGAAAAAACAAGUUAUAGCCAAUCACUUGCACUUUCAUCAGUUUCUGUAUUUCUCAAUGUUGUUGAAUGAGUUAUUUUGUCCUAAUGCUAUUCUUGGAGGAGUUUAUUCUUAUUUUUGUACAAAGUGCUGCUGUGUUCUUUGAUUUUAUCUAUUUGUCUUAGCAGUAUAAAUUAAUCAGACUUUAAUACUAUAUUAAGCAUUUGGUUUAUUGACACUCAUGUAAUUCCUGAUUUUUUUUUUCAGUUUAUAUGCAAUAAUAUGGUGGUGCUUUUUGGAUACUAUCAUAAUACCAGAAUCGAUGUUGUUUCUCCGUGUCUUGUCUGCAUUUGUACUGUAAUUUGCAUCUUCUGGUUUCAGAUCAAGGCAUAAAAUAGGGUUGUGACAGCUGGAUUUCAAGGGGUUGACUUCUACCAAACUGGAGUUAUAAAAUCAUAGCAGAA